AUGGGUGUACGCUCCUUUUCCAUUGGAUACUCUUACAAAAUAAGGAAGAGUGAGUGCAUAGCUAAUGAGGCCUAUUUCAGCAAUGUUUCUUGUGUUUUAAAGCCAAUAAGCUGGACUCGAUCGGUAAUGAACAUGGAUUGUGACAUUAAAGACAUCUUAACUGAUAUCAAAAUGACAGUAGAAGUCUUCUAUAAAGAUUCUUCAAAUCUUUAUAAACCCUUUGCCGUCAAAUUUAGCUUUGAUGUUUGCCAACUUUUAAAAAAUAAAACAAAACGAUUUUUGCUGGAAAAAUACGCUAUGAAUCAUUUAGAGAAAUGGACUAAUGUGAAUCACAGUUGCCCCUUCACGGUAAGUUUUAACAACUUACUACUUAAAUCAUAACUUCUUAUUUUACAGGGCCAUUUGUUUGCACGCGAUUUCCAUUUGGAUGAGGUGUCUUUGCCGACUCUUCCUUUCCAGAAUUACAAAAUUGUUUUUAAUUUUUCAGGUGACAAGCCAUCGAAACACUUGGGAUUGGUUUUUAUUUACUUCGAAGUGCUGGAGGAUUAUUACAAGAACAGACCACGUCCAAAGUAA